AUGGACAAGAAGGACAAGGCCAAGAGCGGGGCCACCCCGCGGACGCUGGCUUCUCGCCCUCCUGGCCUCCAGACCCCCAAACCACCCGGGUCCCCUCGACCCCUUCCACCAGUAACCAGCGCAGCCCUCCGUGUUCUGGGGGCAGCGGGGCGAAAGUCCCUGGCGGAGCGAGCUGGAGGCACGGGGACAGCCACUGCCCUCGAGGCCUCUCGGGGACCAGCGCGGAGCUUUGGGACGAGUCCCCGGAGUCCAGCGGCCAGACCCCCAGGGGUCUCUAGAGCAGAGCGGGUUCCUGCCAAGACCCCCACCCCAGGCCCAGGCUCUGUUUCUAGCCCAGCACGAGCCAGCGGGACUGCCAGGUCUGUACCUGCUAGCCAGAAGGGACCCCGACCUACAGCUGAAGAGCCUGGAGCCAGAGGGAAAGCCACGGAGGUCCCCAGGAGGAGUGCCCCGAGCACUGCAGCACGAAAGGACUCUUCUGGGCCCACGCCUAGUGCUCCUUCCCCUGCCAGUGCCCGUAGGUCCCGGGUGCCCGAAGCUGAAGUGGGGCUCCCCCGGGCAGCUCCAAGUUCUCGUCCUCAGCCCCCCACGGAGGUCGCCAGGAAAUCAGUGAGCAGCGCCGGGCGCAGUGCGGCUGAGCCAAGCCCCACCGCAAGGAGGCGCCCCAGUGCAGGCGGGGGCCUGCAGAUGCCGGCCCCGCGCCCCCUGAAUUCCAGAGCCGCCCCUCUGCCCUCUCCAGCGCCAGCGCGCUCCGGGACCUCGGCCCGAGGGGCAUCUCGAGCUCCAGCGCAUCCUUCCCAGCCCAAAGCCAAGGGACUGCAGGCUCAGCGCCCCCUACAGGCCACACCCCCAAAGAAGGCCACCGCCCCUGGGCGGGGCCAGCCGCCUCCUGCAGCCACAUCCUCUUCCCAAGGCCCUUCCCAGUCGUAUGACCACGCCUCCAUCAUUAGCCCCUCCUUCGGCGACACGCCCUCUACAGACCCUCCUUUCUCCCCUCUGCAGGCCCCGCCUUCUAAAAAAGCCACGCCCACCACAGCCGCGCCUCCCCAGCAGGCCCCGACCUCUCCCCAAGCCACGCCCUCUACAGCCACGCCUCCUUCGCAGGACCCUCCUUCACCUCCUCUGCAGGCCCCCUUCUCUCCUCCAGCCUCACCCCUUCUGCAGGUCCCUCCUUCUCCCCCACCCUCACCCCUUCUGCAGGCUCCUCCCUCCCCCCCAGCAUCACCUCUUCUCUCUCCUCCAGCCUCACCCCUUCUCUCUCCCUCGGCCUCACCCCUUCUACAACCCUCUCUCUCUCCUCCAGCCUCACUUCCUUCUUCUCCUCCAGCCUCACCCCUUCUGCAGGCCCAUCUCUCUCCCCCUACUUCACCCCUUCUACAAGCCUUGCCUUCUCCCCCCGCCUCACCCCCUCUGUUGUGCCCACGCCGUCCCCCGACCCCGGGACCCGAUGCCCCAAUUCCUGGUCCACGGCUGACCCUGGCGCUAGCCCCAGCUCCGCCCCCACCGCCCUCGCGAAGCCCGUCCAGCACGCUGAGCGGCCCGGACUUGGCUGGCCACAGCAGCAGCGCCACCAGCACUCCCGAAGAGCUGCGUGGGUAUGAGAGCGGGCCAGAAGGCGGCGCUGCGGCGUCCCCGCCCGCCGAUGCCGAGCUAGCCGCCUGCCACCCCGCCGCUUGGAGCAGAGGCUCCGCUCCGCCGCUGGCUGUGAGAGGCGCCCCAGGAGCGCCCCUGGCAUGGACGCCCGCUGCCGGACCCGGCUCCACUGACGGUCUGUGCACCAUUUACGAGGCUGAAGGUCCAGAAACGGCGACCCCCGUCUCCGACGCUCUGGAUGCGGGGCCUGGCGGAGGCAGUGGGAAGACGGCGGCGGCAGCGGUGGCCCCGGGGCCCGGGGCCUCUCUGCGGGGCCCGAAGCCCGCUCGCCUGGGCGAGCUGCCGCUGGGGGCCCUGCAGGCGAGCGUCGUGCAGCACCUGCUGAGCCGGACGCUGCUGCUGGCAGCGACUGAGGGCGCGACAGGCAGCGGGGGCGCUGGGGGCGCAGGUGGGGGCGGGGGCGCAGGAGGCGCCAGGGCUGCCCUCAGCGAUGCUGAACUGGGCCGCUGGGCUGAGCUACUGUCUCCACUGGACGAGUCCCGUGCCAGCAUCACUUCGGUCACCAGCUUCUCCCCGGACGACGUGGCCUCCCCCCAGGGUGACUGGACAGUGGUAGAGGUGGAGACCUUCCACUGA